AUGUCUUUCCCCCAGUUGGGCUACCAGUACAUCAGGCCGAUUUACCCGGCAGAGCGCCCGAGGAGCGGCGGCACCGAGCUGGCCCAGUCCGGGACCCUCUCCAACGUACUCUCCUCCAUGUACGGCGCGCCCUACACCGCCGCCGCUGCCGCCCAGGGCUACGGAGCCUUCUUGCCUUACGCCGCCGAACUGCUCAUCUUCCCCCAGCUGGGCGCCCAGUACGAGCUGAAGGAGAGCCCGGGGGUGCAGCACGCCGCCUUCCUUCAGCACCACCCCGCCUUCUACCCCUACGGGCAGUACCAGUUCGGGGACCCGUCGCGGCCCAAGAACACCCCCCAGGAGAGCACCAGCACCCUCAAGGCCUGGCUCAACGAGCACCGGAAAAACCCCUACCCCACCAAGGGCGAGAAGAUAAUGCUGGCCAUCAUCACCAAAAUGACCCUCACCCAGGUCUCCACCUGGUUCGCCAACGCGCGGCGGCGGUGGCUCAAAAAGGAGAAUAAAAUGAUGCCCCCCCCCAGCAGGACAGACGAGGAGGGCAACUCGUAGGGGAGCGACCACGAGGGGGAAGAGGACAAACGGGAGGACGAGGAGGAGACUGACCUGGAGAACAUCGACACCGAGAAUAUCGAGAGCAACGAGGACGAGCUGGAGGACGCCGUCCUCCUGCGCUCCGACUCCAAAACGGACUCAGAAGGCUCCGAGGGCUUCGAGGACCUGCCCGGCUCCGAGGAGCGCUACGUCAAGGCCGCCGAGGGGGAACCGCACCACCUCCACCACCACGACCUCCACCACCAUCACAACCACCACCACAAGUGCGAGCUCCCCGCCGCCGCCCUGGAGCCCCUCAAGCCGCCUCUCCAGCCGCCGCCGCACCACCUCUCGCCCCCCUCCUCUGCCUCCUCCUCCGCCGCCUCCUCCCCGACGGACGGCGCUUUGGCCGGUAUCCUGCCGAAACCCAAGAUCUGGUCGCUGGCCGAGACGGCCACCAGCCCAGACAACCUCCGCAAGUCUCCCGGCGGCGGCUCCCCGCCGGCAGCCGCCCCGCAGCCGCUCUCCCCUCGCCACAGACUCGUCUCCUCCUGCCCCCUGGGCAAAUUCCCCAACUGGAUCAACCGCGCCUUUCCAGCCCAUCACCACCACCCCCCGGCCUUACUGAACACCCCCCACCUCCUGGGGCUGGGGUCCUCUCCUGCCGCCUGCCCCGCUGCCGCCUUCCCGCAGCCCAGGCGCAGAGCGUGGAGCCCGCUUCCCCCCCCCCCCGAUCGAUCUAGUGCCUUAGAAGUAGAGAAAAAAUUAAUAAAGACAGCUUUCCAGCCAGUGCAGAGGCGGCCCCAGAGCCAACUUGAUGCCACUAUGGUUCUAUCGGCGUUGUCAUCAUCAUAG